AAGUGAUGAUGCUCCUGUUGCAGUCUCUGUCCCAUCCGGUAGUCGCAUCAUGUUGCUGAAUUCAGCAGAUCUUUUUCUUUAUGUGGCAUCACUUUCUUGUCACAAUUAAUUGGUGCGAAUCAAUGCAGUUAAUGAGAAACCCCAGCUUGGGAAAGAGGCUGCACGUUGGGUGCUUAGAGGCUUUUGCUCUGCAGUGGGACAGGAAAGGGCAGGAAACCCACAGGGUGCGAAGAGCUGAGCCGGGUGCUGCAGGGUGCAGGCAGAUCCUGAGACCAUGGCGAAGCUGGUGGAGUGUGUCCCCAACUUCUCGGAGGGGAAUAACAAAGAGGUGAUCGAUGCACUGGGACAGGCCAUCUCCCGGACGCCGGGCUGUGUGCUGCUGGACGUGGAUGCAGGCGCCUCCACCAACCGCACCGUCUACACCUUCGUGGGGUCCCCUGAGGCAGUCGUGGAAGGGGCGCUGAGCGCAGCCCGAGUGGCUGGGCAGCUCAUUGACAUGAGCCGACACACGGGUGAACACCCUCGGAUGGGGGCACUGGACGUCUGCCCCUUCGUGCCAGUGAUCAAUGUCAGCAUGGAGGAGUGUGUCACCUGCGCCCACAUCUUCGGGCAGCGCUUGGCAGAGGAGCUGGGGGUACCUGUUUACCUGUACGGAGCGGCAGCGCGGGAGGAGAGCAGGAAGGCCCUGCCCUCCAUCCGUGCCGGGGAGUACGAGGCGCUCCCCGAGAAGCUUGCAAAACCAGAGUGGGCUCCUGAUUUUGGGCCCCCAACCUUUGUCCCCCGGUGGGGGGCCACGGUGACGGGUGCCCGGACCUUCCUUAUCGCGUACAACAUCAACCUGCUGUGCACCAAGGAGCUGGCUCACCGCAUCGCCCUCAAUAUCCGCGAGCAGGGGCGCGGCCCCAACCAGCCCGGGCGCUUGAAGAAGGUGCAGGGUAUCGGCUGGUACUUGGAGGAGGAGAAUAUAGCCCAGGUCUCAACAAACCUGCUGGACUUUGAGACCACGCCGCUCCAUGCUGUCUACGAGGAGGUCUGCCAGGACGCAAAGGCAUUGAAUCUUCCUGUGGUGGGGUCCCAGCUGGUGGGACUCAUUCCCAAGAAGGCCAUGCUGAAUGCAGCUGAGUUUUACAUCAAGAAGGAAAAACUCUUCAUCCUGGAGGAAGAACAGAAGAUCAGGCUGGUGGUCAGUCGGCUGGGCCUGGACUCCCUGUCUCCAUUUCGCCCCCGGGAGCGCAUCAUCGAGUACCUGGUGGAGGCAGGAGAGGUGGACGGGGGGCUGGUGUCCAAGCCCCUGGGCACCUUUGUGCGGGCAGUCGGUGGGAGGUCGGCAGCGCCGGGAGGAGGCUCCGUGUCUGCAGCUGCAGGUGCCCUGGGAGCAGCGCUGGGCUGCAUGGUGGGGCUGAUGAGCUACGGGAAGCGGCAGUUUGAGGACCUGGACCCCAUCAUGAGGAAGUUGAUCCCCUCGUUCCACCAGGCCAUGGAUGAGCUGGUGGCAAUGGUGGAUGCUGACUCCUGUGCCUUCAGCAGCUACAUGGAAGCAAUGAAGCUGCCAAAAAGCACCCCUGAAGAGCGGGAGAGGCGCAUGGCUGCCAUGCAGCAGGGACUGAAGACGGCCGUGAGGGUGCCCUACGCCCUGGCAGAGAAGGUGAGUGGGCUCUGGCCUGCUCUGAAGGAACUGGCACAACACUGCAACCUGGCCUGCAAAUCCGACAUCCAGGUGGGAGCCAAAAUGCUGGAAGCAGCUGUGUUUGGAGCUUACUUCAAUGUCAUGAUCAACCUCAAAGACAUAACGGAUGAGAAGUUCAAGCUUGUGAUGUCCCAGAAGGUCUCCGGGCUGCUGGAAGAGGCAAAGCAAGGGUCAGCACUCGUGCUGGCACUGCUGGAGAAGCGGGUGGCCUGAGGAGGGCUUGGGAGUGGUCUGGGAGUUCUGCAGUGGCAAAUAAAGCUGGGAAACCCA